AUGAAUAGUGAAGCAUUUGUCGAUACAAUAAGAAAGGCACGUCAAAUAAUAAAUCAUAGUAAUCAAUUAGCUUUUGACAUGAAUUUAAUGGAUAUUGACGGUGGUUUUCUUGGAAAUGUGGGUACAGACGCACUAUUUAAAGCAUUGAUUGCGGCUAUUAAUUGUGCUUUGGAUAAACACUUUCUAUUAUCAUGUGGUGUACAAAUUCUUGCUGAACCUGCAUAUUAUUACGUAGCGUCAGCUGAAAAUUAUUUGUGUUGGAGAGUUUUAUUUUAUUUGAACUGUGAAAAAAUGUUUAAUAAAUUAUCAACGAAUAGAAUGCUUUGA